CUCUCUCUCUCUCUCUCUCUCUCUCUCUCUCUCUCUCCCCCUCUCUCUCUGGGUGAUGCCGGGCCGUGGGUGGGGUGAAUGCCCGUGACCAGUCUGAAGCUGGGGAAGCUAAAGGUGGUGCGGCGGCAGCUGCUGCAAAGGUAUGAACACCAGCCGUUUGUCUCCUGUCUCGCCGGCCUCUACGGCUGCCAAUGGAGACGCUACCAAAGAGUCUGGGCGCAACCAGGAGAGUGCUGCUGCAGCAAGGUGGAGUGUGGCAGUUUUGGCCUCCUGAUCCUCACCUUCUUCCUGAGUUUUGUGUUCCUCUAUUUCUGGAGUGAAGCUCAGAACGACUACAACGACUUUGACUGGUUUAACUUUGGGACUCUGGGCUUCUGGUUCCCCUGGUCACUGGUCCUACUGGUUGUUGCUGCUGCUCUCUUCACAUACAUCGCUCUACUGCUGGUGUUGGCGGUGUGUCUGCUCACUGAGGGUCAGAGACUUUACCUCCACUGGAGCCACAAGACGGGCAUCGUGGUGACGUUGGCGUUCACCGUCACAGCCACCGCCAUCCUGUCUGACCUCUGGAGCAAAGAAUGGAAGACUCUGCUCCUCUCCCUGCAGGUGACGGCACCUUUCCUCCACGUGGCUGCCGUCUCUCUAAUGGCGAUUCUCUCGUGGCCGAUAGCGUUACACUUCUUCCGCAUGAACAGGAAAGGGCGUCAGGUGGCCGUCCUGGGUCUGUACCUGUCUGUGCUGUUCUGUCUGUACCUGGUUCCUCUGGGAAUGUACUCGCCCUGCAUUAAAGAGGCCGGCACACUGGGACCAGCUCCAAAACUCAUCGGACACAGAGGAGCUCCGAUGCUCGCUCCAGAAAAUACUGUGAUGUCGUUCGAGAAGGCAGUGGAAGCUGGAGGAGAAGGACUGGAGACCGACGUGACCAUCAGUUAUGACGGUGUCCCCUUCCUCAUGCACGACUCCACCCUGAGGAGAACCACUGACGUAGCUGAGGUUUUCCCAAAUCGAACGCACCUCGAUGCCUCCAUGUUCACCUGGGCCGAGCUGCAGCAGCUGAACGCCGGCCGCUGGUUCUUAUCGAGGGAUCCAUUUGGUACGGCGUGGUCCCUGUCGGAGGUGGACCGCUCGCAGGCCCAGAACCAGUCUGUUCCCUCACUGGCCCAGUUCCUGGAGGUAGCAGCUCGUACUGGCCGGCUUGUAAUGUUUGACCUGCGUAGGCCACCGUACGGUCAUCCCUGCAGGGAUUCAUACAUCAACACCACGCUGCAGGUGGUGCAGGCCCACAUCAACUCCUCACAGGUGCUGUGGCUGCCUUCUGAGGACAGGGAGAUGGUUCACACUCUGGAUCCACAGCUGCAGCAAACAUCUGGAGAAAAAGCUUCUAUCCAGGAACUGACAGACGGACACAUCAGCAGACUGAACCUACACUACAGCACCAUGUCUCAACAACAGAUCAGUAAAUACCAGUCGGUGAACAUCAGCACCAACCUGUACGUGAUCAGUCAGCCGUGGCUCUACACGCUGGCCUGGUGCGCCGGAGCUCGGUCCGUCACCACCAACUCCAUGAGCCUCCUGUCCACCAUCAACAAGCCGCUCUUCCUCAUGACUCCUGAAGAAUACAGUCUGAUGUGGAUUCUGACUGACGCCGUGUCUGCCUUCCUCAUCAUCGCCAUUUUCAUAUUCCACUGGUGGAGAGAGAGGGGCCUGACCUUCUGGUCUGGCAGUCGUCAGACUCAAGAGAACGGACCGUACAGCAAGUUCAGGACUGACUCUUCUGAGGUCAUCUGUGUUCGCUGGAGCCCCCUCCACUCGGAGCCUCCAGCCGGGGCCCUGGUCUCCCUCCCCCUGGUCUUCAACCCCUGACCCCCUGCAUGUCAGCCCCG